UUUUGUGUGUGUGUUUUGGAGUCUCUGAGAAUGGUUAGAGGUGUGAGUGUAGUAGGGUUGUUCUUACCUGGUUUAUUAGGAUGGCUAUGUAGUGGGGUGACUGAAGCCCAGCUCAAUGAUGAAGAUGCUGUUGGGGAUGAAGGUUUUCAGUCAGGUUUUGGUGGUCCUCUGUUCUGGGAGACCCCAGGAGAUGGCUAUGAUAGUUAUUUUACUGAAGGGGGUACUGCUGCAGAGGUCAAAGGUGUCAGUGGGGGUUCAGUGGCACAAAACCAGCAGGGAUUGAUGGCAGUAGAUUCUGAUGCUGAGGAAGAUGAAAUGGAUGAUGAUUCCAACACUGAUCUGCAGAGAGAUAUGACAACUGGCCCAUUUAGAGUUGAGGACCGAUCAUCUGGAGUGGAGUCUCAGGGUGACCCAGAGCAGCAGCAAUCCCACAGCCGCCCCCUGCUGUCCUGUGGCAAGAGCAGCAUGAUGCUCAAGUUCUCUGUGAGGAGGUUCAGCCGAGUCUACCUGCUGAAGGACAAAAUGGCUCCUCUCUCGGUCCACAGUCUCCCGAAGAGAUGUGGCCACAAGGUGUGGUCCACCAGGAGCUGGCUGGUGCUGGUGGUUUCCUAUAAAGGGUGUUACAUCAGGACCUGGAGGAAGAAGCAGAGGCAACACUACUCCAUGACAGUGAGAUACUAUGACAAGGAGCGGAAGAGAUGGGUGAUUGGCACUGUGUCCUGCCAUGUUCCAGUUGCCCCUCCACCCCCACCUCCCAGAGGCCUGACCAUCUCCUGCAGUGAGGUGUGCAUGACUGUGACCCUGCCUGCUGGCCCACUGGAGGAGAUCAAGGUGGAGGGAGCCUUGGGCAGCCUGGUGUCUGUGCUGGAGGCUACAUCUUGUGGAUACUCUGUGGUUGAAGGGCAGCACCUGAACACCCUGACCAUUUCCAACUCUGCCUGCCAUGUCAGGCUUUUGGACCAGCACUACACCGUCAAGGUGGUGUAUGUCCCCUUUCAUGGCCUAAGAGGAGAGAUAGUGGUGUCCUGUCCCUAUCGCCCCUACAGACCAAAGGAGGGCUGCAAGAUUCCCAGAAGUCAGCAUGUCUCCUGUGGUCCAGAGAGGAUCUACCCAUCCCAGUGCCUAGCAAAGGGAUGCUGUGUGGAUCCUGAAACAUCUUCCUGCUACUAUCCACUGGAGGAGUGUACUGCCGAUGGGCACUUUGUCUUUGCUGUCCCUCGGACCAUCUCUGUACCCCCUGUGGAUCCUGCCAGCCUGGUGAUUGCUGGCAAUGCAUCCUGCACCCCUGUCAUUUGUACCCCAGAAUUUGCCAUCUUCAAAUUCCCCAUCACUGGCUGUAGGACCCAUGCUUUUGUGGUAGGAGAGACCACCAUUUACCUAGCAGAGGUGGAGAGUCUGGCCAGACGCAGCAUACUGAGCUAUGGGGCUGUUACCAGGGACAGCCCAUUCAGACUGCUGGUGGAGUGUCGCUAUGCUGAGGGGAAACUAGCCAGCUCAGGCUACCUGGUAAAGAGCCCCUAUCUACCCUCUGCUGUUCUGUCACAGGGAGUGUUUGGGGUGCAGCUCCGGAUUGCUACAGUCCGGCUCCUGCUGGGGAACCCAGUCUACCUGGAGGUGCGACUGCUGAACGCUCCAGACCCCAACCUGGUGCUGCUGGUGCACUACUGUGUUGCCUACCCCCGCUCCGGCCAGGCUGUCUGGGUGCUGCUCUAUGAUGGCUGCCCCAAUCCACUGGACUAUGGCCACACGUCCACCCUGCACAUCCACUCCAAGCUGCCUCUGCCCAAGCACCACCGCCGCUUCCACAUCCAGACCUUCCAGUUCCUGGACAGCACCUCCUACUCCUACAUCAAUGAGGAGAUCUACUUCAUGUGUUCCACAGAGGUGUGUCUACCAUCUGAGCGCCGUUGUGUGGAGGGCUGCUUUGAUGGCCGCAAAAUCCCAGUGCUGGAGAGCCCUGAUGCUGACAGGCGCUGUGUCAGGACUCCCUGCCCAGGAAAGGAUGAGGGCCCCAAGGACUGAGACAGGUUCUACUGGAAUGUGGCAGCUAUGCCUGAAGAAAGGGCUGUUCAUUAAAUUGAAUCCUAAUAAAGAUGGUGUUGAACUUGA